AUGCCUAGCGAUACCACCACACACAAGGGCAAGCCCUUUGAAAGGGCGGCUUUCGAGCAGCUCAUGAAGCACAAAUACUUCUACGCUCCCUCAUUCGACAUCUACGGCGGUGUCGCCGGUCUCUACGACUACGGCCCACCCGGCUCUGCCCUCACCGACAACAUUGUCGACAUAUGGCGCGAACACUUCGUCCUAGAAGAGGAUAUGCUCAAGGUCGAACCCACCAUCCUCACCACACACGAGGUUCUCAAGACCUCUGGUCACGUUGACAAGUUUGCCGACUGGAUGUGCAAAGACCCAAAGACUGGCGAGAUCUUCCGAGCCGACCACUUGGUCGAAGAGGUCCUCGAGGCUAGACUGAAGGGCGACAAGGAGGCACGCGGCCAGAAAGUCAAGAACAUUGCUGCAGUAAAGCUCGAGGACUCCAUGGUCCAGGAGAUUGAAGAGGUCCUGGCCAAGAUUGACAACUACAACGGCGAGGAGCUCGGUCUGUUGAUGAAGAAGUACGACAUCAAGAACCCUGCUACCAACGGCGAACUACUACCUCCCGUCGCAUUCAACCUCAUGUUCCAGACUUCUAUCGGCCCCUCGUCCAACCUGCCCGCCUACCUGCGUCCCGAGACCGCCCAGGGUCAGUUCGUCAACUUCCAGAAGCUGUUAGACCACAACAUGCAGCAAAUGCCCUUCGCCUCUGCAUCCAUCGGCAAGUCGUUCCGUAACGAAAUCUCCCCGCGACAGGGCCUGCUACGUGUGCGAGAGUUCCUCAUGGCCGAGAUUGAGCACUUUGUCGAUCCAGAAGGUGGCAAGAAACACCCGCGGUUCGAGGAGGUCAAGGACGUUGAACUUGAGUUGCUCAACCGGGAUGUGCAACUCUCCGGUAAGACUACCGUUGAGACCACCAAGAUUGGCAAGGCUGUCGAGACUGGUCUCGUGGAUAACGAAACACUGGGUUACUUCUUGGCCCGUAUCCAGCUGUUCCUGCUCAAGCUCGGUGUCGACCCAAAGAAGAUUCGAUUCAGGCAACACAUGGCUAACGAGAUGGCGCAUUACGCCGCGGACUGCUGGGACGCUGAACUGCUCACAUCAUACGGCUGGAUUGAAUGUGUCGGCUGUGCUGACCGAAGCGCAUACGACCUCUCUGUGCACAUGAAGAAGACUGGUGCACCUCUGAUCGUCCGUGAGACGAGAAAGGAACCUCUGAAGGUCGAAGAAUUUGUCUGUGAACUUGACAAGAAGAAGUUUGGUCCCAAGUUCAAGAAGGACGGUAAGACCGUAGAAGCAGCUAUCGAAGCGUUGUCACAAGACCUUCGUGAGAAACUGUCUCUGGAUCUAGAGAAGGAGGGCAAGAUCAUCAUCGACGUCCCAGAAGUUGGUGAUGGCAAGGUCGAGGUACCAAAGGACCUCAUCACCAUCGAGAAGCGUACUCGCGUAGAGACCAUGCGCGAAUACACACCAAACGUCAUUGAGCCGUCAUUCGGUAUCGGCCGCAUAUUUUACGCUCUAUGUGAACAUGUUUACUGGACUCGUGAGCAGGACGAAGCCCGUGCUGUCCUCUCCUUCCCCCCAGCAGUCGCACCGACCAAGGUGCUCAUCGUACCGCUCAGCUCAAAUCCUGACUUCGAUCCGUUUGUACGGAAGCUGAAGGACAGGCUGCGAAAGCUUGGUAUCUCCAACCGUGUUGACGCUUCCGGUGCAUCUAUCGGCAAGCGUUAUGCUCGCAACGAUGAGCUUGGUACUCCUCUCGGCAUCACCAUAGAUUUCCAAUCUGUCAAGGACAACACUUUCACACUCCGAGACCGAGACACCACAGAGCAGGUCCGCUCAAGCUUAGACGAGAUCGCCCAGGCUAUUUCCAACAUCGUCAAGGGCGAGGAGACAUGGUCGGACGUCGCAGCGCGGUUACCCAAAUUUGAGGGUCAAGAAGUUGACUGA